AUGGAAAACGAACCGAAUGCCAACUUAAGAGAUCUUCAAUGGCUUAUCCAAUCAAUCCAAACCCAAACUUUAGAUCUUCAGAGCAUUUCCUUCCAUCUUUCUCAACCAACAUCAUGUUGUCAUCAAGAAACUCAAGAUUCCAUUCAUAUAAACAUUUCAAGUGACGCCCAUUACCAGUUUUCUAACAUCCUGACACUCCUAGCAACAUCUUCUAAAACACGGGUUUUUCUUCAGAAUCUUGAAUUUUAUCAAGUUGAAUGGCAGUUGGAGGAAGUGAAGAGUCUCAAGAUCCUGCUAGAUAGUUCUUCAAAUGUAAAGCAUCUUGUGUUCAAGAGGAAUGUGAUAAAUGUUGAGUGUAUGGUAGAGUUAGCAAAGAUACUGAAAGAAAAUGAAGUGAUUAAGGAGAUCAUAUUGUCUGAAUCAAGAAUUGGUUCAUUUGGAGCUAGUCUUAUUGCUUCAGCUCUGAAGACAAAUACCUGUUUAGAAGAGUUGCAGAUAUGGGAAGAUUCAAUAGGAUCAAAAGGAGCAGAAGAGCUCUCGAAAAUGAUCGAAGCAAAUUCGACGUUAAAGCUCUUAACAAUUUUCGACUCAAGUUCAAUUACGGCCACACCGUUGAUAUCUGCAGUGCUAGCAAGGAACAGAUCCAUGGAAGUUCAUGUAUGGAGUGGAGGACAAGAUAAAGACAAUAGCUCGAAGGUGAUCGAAUUCGCACCCGAGAGCAGCGUGCUACGAAUAUACAGGCUAAGCGUCUCAGGGGCAUGCAGGGUGGCUUGUGCUCUGGGGUGGAACACAACGGUCAAAUCACUUGACCUCACCGGGGUCCGACUGAAAUCCCGAUGGGCCAAGGAGUUCCGGUGGGUUCUUGAACAGAACCACAGUCUAAGAGAAGUGAACCUCGCAAAUACUGGCUUAAAAGACAAGGGAGUUGUUUAUGUUGCGGCUGGACUUUUCAAGAAUCGGAGCUUGGAAAGCUUGCGCGUAGAUGAUAACCGGUUUGGUGGGAUAGGCGUAGAACACUUGCUCUGCCCAUUGACUAGAUUUUCCGCUCUACAAAUUCAAGCAAAUAUAACUCUAAAGUCGAUAACAUUCGGAGGAAGAAGAACGAAGAUUGGGAGGGAUGGAUUGAUAGCAAUCUUGCAGAUGUUGACCACCAACCAAACUGUAACAAGAUUGGGAAUAUAUGAAGAUCAAAGUUUAAGACCACAAGAUAUAAUCAGAAUCUUUAAGAACUUGGAGAAAAAUGCUAGUUUGAAAUGCUUAUCUUUGCAAGGCUGCAAAGGGGUUGAUGGUGAUUUAUUGUUGAAGACUAUAAUGGAAACCUUACAGGUCAAUCCUUGGAUUGAGGAGAUUGAUCUUGCAAGAACCCCACUUCAGAAUUCGGGAAAAGCCGAAGGAAUACAUCUAAAACUAGGCCAAAAUGCUAAAUCCGAACCUGAAAUCGAUUUGCUUAAAGAUAUGCCUAUGACCAUGCCCAAGAGCUGCAGAGUCUUCAUUUGUGGACAAGAAUUUGCUGGUAAAACCACAUUAUGCAAUGCCAUAGCACAAAAUUUCUCUUCUUCAAAGCUACCUUAUAUUGAACAAGUGAAAACUCUUGUAAAUCCAGUUGAGCAGGUUAUUAGAACCACGGGAAUGAAAGUAAAAACAUUAAAAGAUGAAGAUACAAAGUUUUCGAUAUGGAACCUGGGAGGUCAACACGAAUUCUUUUCCCUUCACGAUCUCAUGUUUCCAGGCCACGGAAGCGCUUCAUCUUUCGUGAUCAUUUCCAGCUUGUUCCGCAAACCAAAUAACAACGAACCAAAAACCCCAUCAGAGUUAGAAGAAGAUCUUCAAUAUUGGCUCAGGUUCAUAGUUUCAAACUCGAGAAAAGCAGCUCAACAAUGCAUGCUACCCGAUGUAACUGUCGUACUAACUCACCACGACAAGGUUGACCAACUAUCGCUGGAUUUCCAGAAUACAGUGAAUGCUGUUCAGAGAUUAAGAGAUAGAUUCCAAGGGUACAUUGACUUUUAUCCUACGGUAUUCACAGUUGACGGAAGAUCAUCUGCGUCUGUGAGUAAACUUACACAUCACAUCCGCAAAACUAGCAAAACUGUUCUGCAGCGAGUCCCUAGAGUUUACGAAGUCUGCAAUGAUCUUAUAAGAAUACUAUCUGAUUGGAGGUCAGAAAAUCACGAGAAACCGGCCAUGAAGUGGAAAGAGUUUGGAGAUUUGUGCCAAGUUAAAGUUCCAUCUCUAAGAGUCCAAUCAAGAAACAGUCAGAUACUAAACAAAGUGGAGACACGAAGAAAGGCAGUUGCAACAUGCCUUCAUCAUAUAGGAGAGGUGAUAUAUUUCGAAGAACUAGGAUUUUUAAUUUUAGAUUUCCAGUGGUUUUGUGGUGAAGUACUCAGUCAGCUAGUGAAGUUAGACGUUAGAAAGCUGAGCUUUAAUGAAGGCAAUGCGGGAUUUGUGAGUAGAAAAGAGUUGGAGAAGAUUCUGAGAGGAAGCUUACGUAGCCAGAUUCCGGGGAUGGGAUCCAAGAUUUUUGAGAAUUUGGAUGCCAGUGAUCUGGUGAACAUGAUGCUAAAACUCGAACUCUGUUACAAACAAGAUCCAUCUGAUCCUGAAUCUCUACUGCUGAUUCCUUCUCUUCUUGAAGAAAACAGAACAAGAACUCCGAGAUGGCAGUCAAUCACACCCGGUUGCGUUUUUGCAGGAAGACAUCUCGAAUGCCAUGAUUCAAGCCACAUGUUCCUCACCCCAGGCUUCUUCCCCAGAUUACAGGUUCACCUACACAACAAGAUCACUGGUCUCCAGAGCCAACACGGAGCAACAUAUAGUCUAGAAAAAUUCCUCAUCUUGAUAGACAUCAAUGGGAUCCAUAUCAGGAUCGAGUUGGGAGGACAACUAGGGUACUAUGUAGAUGUGCUUGCUUGCUCCACCAAAAACCUCUCUGAGACCCUUAAGCUCUUUCAGGAGCUUAUUUACCCAGCCAUCCAGAGCCUCUGUCACGGGGUGACAUUGAUCGAAAACAUCCUUCGUCCAGAAUGUGUCAAAAUUUUGACACCCCCUCGAUACCGGAAAACCCAAUCCGUACAACUCUCUCAAUUAAAACAGGCUUUGCUCUCAGUUCCAGCAGACAGCAUGUAUGAUUAUCAGCAUACUUGGACUCCAGUCACUGACUCGGGGCGACUGGUAUUGGGACCAGGGUUUGACUUUGCCCGGGAUUUACUAUCCGAUGGUGACUUCAGAGAAGUACUUCAUCGGAGAUAUCAUGACCUCUACAACCUGGCUGUGGAGUUACAAGUCCCCGCAGAAAACAACUCAGAUGGAUCAGGUCACCCUCAAGGAGAUGAAACUGGCAAAGUUGACCCAUCAUUUGCUGGAAUUGCCAAAGGGGUAGAAGAAGUCAUUCAGAGACUCAAGAUCAUUGAGCAGGAAAUCAGAGACUUAAAACAAGAAAUCCAAGGGCUAAGAUACUAUGAACAUAGGCUCUUGACAGAGCUGCAUCGCAAGGUUAACUAUCUAGCGAAUUACAAUGUCCAGAUAGAAGAAAGAAAGGUACCAAACAUGUUCUAUUUUGUUAGAACUGAGAACUACUCAAGGAGAUUGGUCACAAAUGUGAUCUCUGGGAUGACUGCGCUCCGGCUUCACAUGUUAUGCGAGUUUAAGGGAGAAAUGCAUGUUGUUGAAGAUCAAAUUGGCUGUGAAAUGAUGCAGAUAGAUAACAAAGCAGUGAUUUCUUUGGCUCCAUACAUGAAAGGUUUCAUGAAGCUAUUGACAUUUGCUCUGAAAAUAGGAGCUCAUAUAGCUGUAGGGAUGGGGGAGAUGAUACCAGAUUUGAGCAGAGAAGUGGCACAUCUGGCUGGGAACCCUCUUCUUUAUGGGGCUGCAGGUGCUGCAGCGGCUGGGGUAGUAGGGGCGGCGGCUGCCGGACGGAGCAGAGGGAGAUCAACUGACAUUCAGCAAGAUAUGAAAGCAGCACAGCAGUGGGUUGUGGAUUUCCUAAGGGAAAAAGGGUGCUCCACAGGGAAAGAUAUUGCAGAGAAGUUUGGAUUGUUGAGAAUUAGGUACAGGGAUGAUGGUCAGGUUGCUUGGAUAUGCCGACGUCAUAUGUAUACAAGAGCCAAUGAAAUAAUCGAGGUACCUAUGUGAUAAAGAAAAAGUGAGAAGGAUUUGGUAGUUUGAGGUCAAGUUAUCGUUGUAUGUAACCUUGAAUUUGGUUACCAUAGCAUGUAUAACUAGUUAAUAUAUAAAUAUUCAAUUAUCCCUCC